AUGUUGUCUACAGUUAUGUACAGGCAAAGAAGCGAAGCGUGCCUCGGGCAGAGUCGUCCCUCGAACGCGAAGAAUCUCAAUUGCGUUGUGGUGGGUGCAGAGAAAAGAGAUGAAUUGGGUUGGGAAUGGCCCCACUCUGCUGUUUUUUCUUUUCUUUUGGUCGGAAAAGAGACAUUUCACUCACUCACUCAAUGUAUAACUCGGUUCCUUUAACAUGUAAACAAAGGAUAUCUUCUCCUCCAAUCCAAGUACACCAGCGACGACUCCAGCAAGGCUAGGGUUUCAAUUUCAAUCGCAGAAGAGGGUUCGCUUCGUUUUUGAGUCUCGGCACCAACCCUGCGACUGCACCCUUCCAUUUUCCUUCGGCCAAAAGAUCCAUCUAUGUUCAGCUUGAGAGGUUCAGUUAGCUGGCGGACAGGAAGCUUCAACUACUGAGUUUGGGUCGACCUGGGAUGCACGGAAGAUGGCCUCGUUUCGUGCCAGAACUUGGUGUUGAUCUUGGUGUCUGAAACAGAUUCUUCCAAAUGCGUUUUGGCAUCACUCUGCUGUUGAAAAACCUUGCGUUUGUCAACUUUGGCAGGCUGCAAUGAAUCAUUCUUAUUUGACCAUUUAUGAAAUUUCGCUCCAUGAGAUCUGAUACUGCCUUGCCUUCUUGUAUUUCAUCCUCGAUCUCAAGUGCUACCUCUCAUCUCUGCUAUUCCACCAUUCGCCUGUGUUUCCAACUUCAAAGAUGUUUGAGUACUUUUGGUUGCCCUGUAUGGUGACGGUUGCUGCCGUCGCUCUCUCUGCUAUCCUGUUCAUAGAAUUCCUGAAGAAGAAAAGAGCAGGUCAGAUCGCUGUAGAGGGCAGAGCAGAUAGUGAUUCGGCUCGAAAUAAGGGAACCACGGAGAGUGCUGAUCCUACUUCCACUUCGCCACCGCUCAACGAAACGGCAACAUCUUCCGGAUAUGACUACGAAGUAUUCUUGAGCUUUAGAGGACCGGAUACUCGAUCUGGUUUCACUGACUUCCUUUACACCAGUCUCGUAGAUGCAGGAAUCCGUGCAUUUAAGGACGAUGAAGACCUCCGCGUUGGGGAAGAGUUUGCCUCAGAACUUCUUCAAGCAAUUAAGCAGUCGAAGAUCUCAAUACCUAUCUUUUCGAAAGGUUAUGCUUCUAGCGUAUGGUGUCUCAAGGAGCUAGCCCAGAUGGUUGAGUGCAAGAAAACUGGGGGACAAAAGAUCAUGCCCAUUUUUUAUGAUGUGGCGCCUUCAGAGGUUCGGCGCCAGAUCGGGGGUUAUGGAGAGGCCUUUCGUUCACAUGUAAAUAAGAAGCGAUAUGACGAAGAGACGAUGCGUGAGUGGAAGGCUGCUCUCGAAGAAGUGUCGUUUCUAAAUGGAUGGGACCUGCAAAGCAUGCCCAACAGGAAAGAAGGUGAGUUCGCAAGAAAAUUUACUCAGAAGGUUUUCAGUGAGUUGAAAAAGGCUUAUUUGGCGGUAUCAGCCUGCUUCGUCAGUGUCGACAACCAUGCAAAUGCAAUCAUGAAAAUGGUAGGUGCUGGGACAAGUGAAACGAAGAUUAUAGGAAUCCACGGGAUGGGUGGCAUUGGAAAGACGACUAUUGCCAAAGUGAUCUACAAUAAGCUCUCACACGACUUUGAGAAUUUUUGCUUUCUUCCCGACAUUCGAGAAAGGUCAAAAGGUAAGGGCAUUCAAUGCUUGCAGAAUCAGCUCGUCUCUGAUAUCCUCAAAGUGCAAUUUAUGAACAUAAAAGACACUGACCAAGGGACUCAGACAAUUAAAGACAGGUUGUUUAAUAAAAGAGUCCUCAUUCUUUUGGAUGAUGUGGAAGAAGGGAAUCAUAUUGAUGCACUUGUGGGUAAGCGUGAUUGGUUAGGCAAAGGGAGCAAAAUAAUUAUUACUACAAGGAACAAAGAUAUUCUUGAGGUUCCUGAAGUGGACUGCAGUUAUGAGCUUAGCUGCAUGAAUCCCGAUCAAUCUCUUCAACUAUUUAGCAAACAUGCCUUCAGAAAAGAUUAUCCUUUGGACGGCUAUAUUGACCAGUCCAAGAGGGUGAUAGCCAUUGCUGGAGGUCUUCCGCUUACUCUUGAGGUGAUAGGUUCACUUUUAUGUCGCACUAAAAAGGAAAAGUGGGAUCUCACUUUGGGGAAGCUGGAAAAUGUUCCUCAUGCGACAGUUCAAAGUAAGUUGAGAAUAAGCUAUGAUGCAUUAGAUAUUCGACAACAACAUAUAUUCCUUGAUGUAGCUUGUCUUUUGAUUGGAUAUGACAAAGACAUUGUGGUUCAUUUCUGGGAUGAGUCUAAAUACCCGGAAGACGCCAUGGAAGUUUUGCAGAACAUGUGCUUGAUUAAGAUUGCAGAGGAUAAUAAAGUGUGGAUGCAUGACCAACUCGGAGACCUCGGAAGAGAUAUCGUGCGUCAAGAAAGUGCGAUGAAAAUAAAGAAGCAAAGUAGGGUGUGGGAUCCUAAUGAGGGAUUGGAUUUGCUGAGGAAAUAUAAGGGAAAUAAGGAAGUGGAAGUUCUUCGUCUCAAGUUGGACCAUCAGCGGCAAUAUCGUUUUACCUAUGAGGACUUUGAGAACCUUUCGAAUCUAAGGUUCCUUGAAUUGGACUGUCCGAAGGAAGAUUUUCGUGCAGAAGAGAGGCUUCUUUGGCAUGAAUCGACAUCAAAUGUUCUUUCAACUAAUGAUAAUUCAAAUCUCCUCCCACAAUUAAGGUGGCUUUCAUGGUGUGAUAUUCCCCCUACUUUUAACAUUGCAAAUUUCUCCAUGGAGGACGUGGUUAUUCUUAAUAUAUCUCGGAGUGAAAUUACGCAUGAUUGGAAGGGGUGGAGCCACAUGAAGGCAAUAAAGAACUUGAAAGUUAUGAAUCUGAGAUGUUGUAGUUACUUGGAGAGAACUCCCAUCUUCUCUGCUCACGCAAAUUUAGAACGUUUGAUCCUAAAUGGCUGUAGCGAAUUAGUCGAAAUUGAUGGGUCGAUUUGUCGGUUGAAAUGCUUAACUUGCUUGGAUGUACGUUUUUGUCAAAACCUUCGGAGGCUGCCAAAUGAGCUUGGGAAUUUAGAAUCGCUAAUUGAGUUGGAUAUAGCCUUCACAAGGAUUGGAGAAUUACCCGACUCCAUGGGAAACUUGAAAAAUUUGAAAAUGCUGGAGAUGGCCUUCAUUCCCAUAAGCAAAAUACCGGAUGCCCUUUGGACAAUUGAGAAGCUCGAAGAAAUAGAUGUCGUGAACCGAGGUUUUGAUGGUGGCCAUUUGAACAUUGACAAUUGCAUCUACAGAAAUCAAUCCCUGAAGAUCUUGAGAUUGAUGUCUUUUCAAAUAUAUGCAGUACCGAAGCUUCCUGAAAGUCUUAUCAGAUUAGAACUUCAUACAUUGCACAUGAAGAUGUUUCCAGAUCUCUCAAACCUCACUAAUUUAACGAAAUUGGAUCUGGUAUUUGGCCGACCUGAUGAUGACGUGAAAUCUAAUGGGCUUGUGGAGUAUCCGAUACCACGGUGGAUUGGGAACUUAACCAAACUGGAGUCUCUGCGCCUAGACUGUCUUUAUGUGACCACCUCACCAACAGACAUUAGCCUCCCUCCUCAACUCAAGUCACUUAACCUCAAGUGCCCUAAUCUGCGUCACCUACCGAGGCUUUCCUCAAGUUUAUCCUCCUUGAAUUUGUAUGAGUGCUACUCACUUUGCUCAAUGGAGUCUCUGCGCCUGAGCUCUCCUUAUGUGACCACCUCACCAACAGAACUUACCCUCCCUUCUCAUCUCAAGGAGCUUUACCUCUGCUGCCCUAAACUGCGUCGCCUCCCGAGGUUUCCCUCAAGUUUAUCCUCCUUGUAUCUGUACAAUUGCCAGUCACUUUGCUCGAUGGAGUCUCUGGACCUAAGCUCUCCUUAUGUGACCACCUCACCGGCAGACCUUACCCUCCUUCCUCAUCUCAAGGAGCUUCACAUCUACGACUGCCCUAAUCUGCGUCGCCUCCCGAGGCUUCCCUCAAGUUUAUUCUCCUUAUUUUUGUACGAGUGCAAGUCACUUUGCUCGAUGGAGGAUCUAGCGAAUUUGAACAAUCUGUCAUCUCUCCUGAUUAGGGACUCUGCAAUUGAAGAGAUUCCAGGCCUUGGUUGUUUGGAGAACCUACGAGAUUUGAAGCUUUCUUGCCUUGGACAGGUGAAGAUACUACCUGAUCUAAGCAAUUUAAACGGACUAAGGAGUGUUCGAGUAGAAUCUUGUGGUAAUCUGGUUGAGAUUCAAGGCGCACUCCCACGGUUUUUGGAUAAAUUGUAUAUUUCUUCAUGCGAUUCUUUACAGAAUUUGCCCGAUCUGUCAAGCUCGAUGGGUGAGAAAGAAGUUGAAAUAGUGUGUUGCAGUAAAUUAAACGUGGAGGCAAUUCUUGGAUGUGCUGGGAUCAAUACACCAGAUACGCAGCUUUCUACCUUGGAGCAGCUGCAGAUGCAGAUCCUACCUGAUCUAAAUAAUCCAAGACGUCUUGAAAUAUGCGGCUAUCAUGAUCUGAUUGAGAUUCGAGGCGAACUACCAGAGUCUUUGGAAGUAUUGCAUAUUUCUUUAUGUCAUUCUUUACAGAAUUUGCCCAAUCUGUCAAGCUUGAUGGGUAAGCAAGAGGUUAUUAUACGGUGUUGCAUUAACUUAAAUGUGGAGGCAAUUCUUGGAUUUGCUCAGGUGAAUCCACGAGAUUUGCAGCUUUCUGGCUUUGGCCAGCUGCAGACCCUACCUGAUCUAAGUAAUUCAAGCGAGCUAAGAGGUCUGGAGGUAUACGACUGUUGUAAUCUGGUUGAGAUUCUAGGCGAACUGCCCCAAUCUUUGGAAAAAUUGAAGAUUUCUUCCUGUGAAUCUUUACGGAAGUUGCCUGAUUUGUCCAGCUUGAAGGAACUGCAAGAGGUUGUCAUAGAAGGUUGCACAAAAUUAAAGGGGGAGGCAAUUCUCGGUUCUGCUCGGAGAAGUCAGGCAAAUUGGUGGGAGAACCUACGAUAUUUGCGGAUUUGUGGCAUUGAACAGUUGGAGAUACUACCCGAUCUAAGUAAUUUAAACAAACUAAGAUGUCUUCAUGUACAAUCUUGUGAUAAUCUGGUUGAGAUUCAAGGCGAAUUACCAAAGUCUUUGGAAGUAUUGGAGAUUUCUUCCUGUAUAAAUAUACAGAAGUUGUCUGAUCUAUCAAGCUUGAAUGGAUUGCGAACGGUUAAAAUAUAUCGUUGCUUUGGAUUAAAUGUGGAGGCUAUUUCUUUGCUUUGCUCGGAGAAGUCAGUCAAAUUUGUGGGUCAACCACAUUUGUGGGAGAAGACGGAUGAGUGGGACAGAGAAGAUGCCGAAUCUGAAUCUGAAUAUGAUGGAGGAGGAGGAAUAAGUGCACGUCGCUCUUGAAAGCUUCUUGAUCCACGACCACAGAUUGUUCCCUUGUGUUCAAACUUUAAACAAAUCGAGAUGGAAUGUGUGCUGGAAGGUCAUAUAACUAUGGUUCUCAUCCUGGAACUUUACAGCAUAAUCAACUCGUCGUUGCAAUGGUGAAGAAGACAGACACUCUGUAUUGACCUGAUUAUGUUCAGUUGAUUUUCCAGGAAAGGUGUACUUCUUACUGGGAUUUGCAAAUGUUAGGGAGAAGUUAUAAAAUGAAGAAAGAGGAAUUUCACUUGGGUAGCGGCAUCAAUAGUUUGCACAGCAAAAACUCCAUCGACUGGAGAGGGAGCUACCUAGCUUAUCUGAGGGAGCUGUGGCUAAUUGGGCAGCUGUACAAAUGAAGACCGAAUAAGGGAAAAUGAAGAUACAUUUCGUAUCAACUAAGUUCCCUUUCACAAUUGUGGGUCGGUGAGCUGUGCAUUCAUCUGUUGAGAGACAGAAACUUGAAGAUUAGUGAGGGGAAUCGUUGCCUAUUGAUGAAAGAUUGUAAUCUGUUGAACUCAAUGUGAAGUUUCAGUUGAGUGUUUGGCCCUCCUUUCCAGA